AUGGCUUCUUUGCGGAGAGUCAAAGUCCUGCUGGUGUUAAACUUGAUCGCGGUGGCCGGAUUCGUCCUUUUCCUGGCCAAGUGCAGACCCAUCACGGCCAAGAGUGGCGACUCCUUCCAUGACAUCCACCCCAGGGCAGAAGUGGUCAACUUGACAGCGCACGGCAUCAGCUCCAUCCAGGACGCAGUGCUGAAGCGACUUUCCCUCCUGGAAGACAUCGUCUACAGGCAGCUGAACGGUCUGUCCAAGUCACUUGGUCUCAUUGAAGGCUAUGGUGGACGUGGUAAAGGUGGCCUCCCAGCCACCCUGUCUCCUGAGGAGGAGGAGAAAGCAAAGGGACCACAUGAGAAAUAUGGCUACAACUCCUACCUCAGUGAGAAAAUUUCACUGGAUCGUUCCAUACCAGAUUAUCGUCCAACCAAGUGCAAAGAGCUGAAAUAUGGCAAGGACCUGCCCCAGAUCUCCAUCAUCUUCAUCUUCGUGAACGAAGCGCUCUCUGUUAUCCUGCGAUCAGUGCACAGUGCUGUUAAUCACACGCCAGCUCACCUCCUGAAGGAGAUUAUCCUUGUGGAUGACAACAGUGAUGAAGAGGAACUGAAGGCGCCACUAGAAGAGUACGUCAAUAAGCGGUACCCAGGCCUCGUGAAGGUGGUGCGCAACCAGAAGAGGGAAGGUCUUAUCCGAGCUCGUAUUGAAGGCUGGAAAGCUGCCACUGGCCAGAUCACUGGGUUUUUUGAUGCUCAUGUGGAGUUCACUGCUGGCUGGGCUGAGCCGGUGCUUUCACGGAUUCAGGAAAACCGGAGAAGGGUCAUUCUUCCCUCCAUAGACAACAUCAAGCAGGACAACUUUGAGGUGCAGCGUUAUGAGAACUCUGCCCAUGGGUACAGCUGGGAGCUGUGGUGCAUGUAUAUCAGCCCCCCAAAGGACUGGUGGGAUGCUGGAGACCCUUCACUGCCCAUCAGGACACCAGCGAUGAUCGGCUGCUCCUUUGUUGUGCACAGAAAGUUCUUUGGAGAGAUUGGGCUUCUGGAUCCUGGGAUGGAUGUGUACGGUGGGGAGAACAUCGAGCUCGGCAUCAAGAUUUACCAGAGGAUAUUUGCUUUGCUGGCAAGUCAGAAAAAACUUCAGAAAUCCAUUGUUAGUGGCUACAGGGAGCAACAAUCUCACUUAAACAAGGGAAUAGAAAUUAAAGGCUUUAAAUAUGCCACAUAG